AUGGGUCCGAAAAGUAAAAAAAGUACCGCUGGAAAAACAAAAAGUGGUUCGGGUGGUGUCGUAGAUGGUGUAAGCACAACGGAAAUGACAAGAGAACAACUCGAACAACAUGCCAAUCGUCUUCGUGGAGAAAUGGAAAGAGAACGUGAGGAAAGACAUUUUUUCCAAUUGGAAAGAGACAAAUUGAGAACGUUUUGGGAAAUAACGAGACAGCAAUUGUUGGAAAGCAAAGCAGAACUUCGUAAUAAAGAUCGGGAGUUGGAGGAAAAAGAAGAAAGUCAUCAAGAUCAAACGAAAAUGAUAAAACAAAAAUUAAAACAUUUACUAUACGAACACCAAGUCGACAUAUUUGAUUUGAGAGCGGAAAAUGUCGUCUCAUUGAAAUUAGCACAAGAAAAUUUUAACGAACAAGAAAUUGCUUUGUUACAAGAUAAGAAAAAUUUAAAAGAAAAAUUAUUUGAAUUGAAUAAAAAUCACGAUGAAUUGAUGAGAGGAUUGAAAUUGGAAUUCGGUCGAAAAUUGAGCGAAAUAAGAAAAGAAUUCGAAAUGGAAAAAUUAGAAAUCGAAUCCAAAUAUGAAAAACUAUUGGAAAGUCAAAGAAAUGAAUUUUUUAUUUUACACAAAAUGGAAAUGACGGAAGUUAACGAAAGGAAAAAUAAACACAUAAAGGAUUUGAUUGAAAAUCAUGAAAAAUCAUUCACCGAAAUAAAAAUUUAUUACAACGACAUAACUCUAAAUAAUUUAGCAUUGAUAUCGAGUUUGAAAGACCAAAUAAAAAAUUUAAAAGAAAAAGAAGAAAGAAUGGAAAAAUCAUUGAGAGAAAUAAAGAGAGAAAAUCAAGGAUUGAGAGAACCCGUGAAAAAUGCCAAAGAAGAAUCAAUCGAAUUAUUUAAACAAUUGACUAAUUAUAAAAAAGAUAAAAAAUCAUUUGCCAACGUUAAGAAAGUUUUGGCGUCAACGCAAAAAGAACUUGAGGGUCUCAAAUGGGAAAAAAGUUCUUUGGAAUCCGCCGUCGAAAAAUUACAAAAAGAAAAAAGCGAAUUGAAUGAUAAAUUAAUUACGUCCGUGUUAAAAAGAGAAGCGCAAUUUUCCGAAAUCAUGACCUUGUGUCAAAUCGAUCCUGAAAUAUUAUCGACCGUUAAUAACAAAGUCGAAGAUUUGCUCAAUAAGAAAAAUGCAGCCAUACAAGAUUUAGAAUUCGAAUUGGCUAAAGCGAGUAAAUCUCAUGAUGACGUACUCAGAACCUACGACGCCAUUUUAAUUAAAUAUAAUAUACCUAAAGAAGAAUUCGAAUCCAUGUUUAAAAAAUUAUUUUCCGAACCUGUUAUUUUCGAUUUGUAA